GGAUGUUAUUUAAGUUAUUUUGGAAGGAUGAGGUGAAAUAACGGACCGUACCCGGCUUUAAUUGUAAACAUAAGCGAUCUCUGUAACAUUCGGCGGAUUAACAUAAAAUACAAUAUAUAUAUAUUUAUGGUUUAACUAAUUGCAAAAUGAGUCUUCUUCAGAUGUAUUGCAGGACUGUGCGUUUAUGUACAGGGAUGAUGAUUCACAGAGCACGCAAAUACUCCGCAACAACAGCGCAGUUCUCAGAGAAGAAACUGAGCCGGUAUUUUGUGGAUUAUCGUAGGGUGAGGGUUGUGGCAGGUUCAGGGGGUAAUGGAGCUUCCACUUUCCACAGUGAGCCCAGGAAAGAGUGGGGUGGCCCUGAUGGCGGUAAUGGAGGUGCUGGAGGAGACGUUAUCAUUAAAGUGGACCCGCGUGUGAAAUCACUUGCCUCAGUAUCAGCAGUGUAUUCUGGAAAAAACGGAGUAGCAGGGCGCAAUAAGGACCGCUGUGGACGCAGUGCCAGUUCCACCUACAUUUUAGUUCCCUUGGGCACCAUUAUAAAGGAAGGGGGUAAGACAGUAGCAGACCUCUUAUGUCAUGGCCAGAUGUAUACUGCUGCAUACGGAGGAGCGGGAGGCAAGGGGAACCACUUUUUCUUGUCUAAUGAAAACAGAGCUCCCAUUACUGCCAUGCCUGGAGACAGGGGACAGGAACGAGUCUUUCAACUGGAGCUGCGGACCAUGGCCCACGCUGGACUGGUUGGUUUACCAAAUGCAGGCAAGUCCUCUCUGUUAUGUGCCAUAUCCAAUGCCCGGCCAGCUGUGGCAGCUUACCCCUUCACCACACUAAAACCUCAUGUGGGCAUUGUUAAAUACAGAGACCACGAGCAGGUGGCAGUAGCUGACAUUCCUGGGCUUACUCCAGACGCUCAUUUGAAUAGUGGCCUUGGCAUUUCUUUCCUACGGCACAUUGAGCACUGUCGUAUUUUGUUGUACGUACUGGACAUGUCUUCUGUAGAACCCUGGAAGCAGCUGCAGCAGCUGCGCUUUGAACUGGACCAAUACAAAAUGCAUCUGUCACACAGACCUAGUGCUAUCGUUGCCAACAAAAUGGACUUGCCAGAUGCCUGGAACAACCUUAGGGCUUUGAGGAAUCAAGUCCAUCAGCGAGUUAUUCCUGUUUCUGCACUGACAGGAGACAACAUAGAGCAGCUCAUCUUACACUUGCGAGAGCUGUAUGACGACUACCCACUAGACAGUGAUUAGUUGAUAUU